AGUGUAAGUAGGUGUUCGGUAGAUCACACGGUCCACAAUUGAUUACCUCACCUGUCUCCACAACACCCACAAUAAUAGACAUAUAAAUAUACUUCCAUAUACAUUUCCCUAUAUCUAUUUCCAUCAUCAUAAUAUAUUAACUACAUUCCACAAUGACCCUCACAAAAACCCUGGCCGGAAUAUUCCUUCUGUUAGCGGUUUACUGCGGCCUUGACCCAUUGGGCCACAGCCCAAUAGCCAAUUUUCCAGACUUCGAGUCGGUUUUUGUUGACCUCCCGAAAUGGUCUGAAAUGCCCAAUGAUACAGACAGUGAGAAUUUGUUACAGAAAUCUGAAAUCAAGUUUUUGAAUGAAAUUCAAGGACCCGAAAGUGUAGCUUUUGAUCCUUUAGGACGUGGCCCGUAUGCUGGUGUUGCUGAUGGCAGGAUUAUGUUUUGGAAUGGGCUCUCUUGGGCUACUUUUGCUUUUACUUCUCCUAACCGGUCAGAGAUAUGUGACCCAAAACCAUCAAUCUUUGGCUACUUAAAGAAUGAGCAUAUAUGUGGGAGACCCUUGGGUUUGCGGUUUGAUAAGCGGACAGGUGAUUUGUACAUUGCAGAUGCGUAUUUUGGAUUGUUAAAGGUUGGACCUGAGGGUGGGUUAGCCACGCCUCUAGCAACUGAAGCUGAGGGAGUUCCUCUGAAGUUCACAAAUGAUCUAGACGUUGAUGAUGAAGGAAAUAUAUACUUCACAGAUAGCAGCACAAAGUACCAGCGAAGGAACUUCAUGCACUUAGUUUUCUCAGCAGAAGACAGUGGUAGACUUUUAAAAUAUGAUCCAAUCACGAAAAAAGCAACUGUUCUCAUUCACAACCUCCAGUUCCCUAAUGGUGUCUCUUUAAGCAAGGAUGGUUCUUUCUUUGUAUUUGCCGAGGGUUGCAAAGGCAGGUUAUUGAAGUACUGGCUCAAGGGGGAGAAAGCAGGGACAACCGAAGUGAUGGCUAUUCUACCUGGUUUCCCAGACAAUGUGAGGACAAAUGCAAAUGGUGAAUUUUGGGUGGCAAUUCAUACUCGCCGGUCCGUGUACACUCAUAUAUGCGCCUUACACACAAAACUUAGAACAAUUUUGCUGAAACUUCCAAUCCCCAUCAAGUUUCAUUACCUUCUAAGUGUUGGGGGUCGGCUUCAUGCCCUGAUUAUCAAGUACAGCCCAGAUGGUAAGAUCCUACAGAUAUUGGAGGAUACACAAGGUAAAGUUGUAAGAGCCGUGAGUGAAGUUGAGGAGAAAGAUGGGAAGCUAUGGUUGGGGAGUGUGUUGAUGUCAUUUAUUGCAGUAUACCAUUUGGACUAAAGGUAUAGCCGUUAAAGAUCUGUGUUUUUGCUAUGGGCACCAUCUCUUUUUAUGACACUAUUUAGGCCCGUCUCUUGUAUGCAUUACAAACAUUUUGUGUCGUCUUCUUAGACCAUUGGUAGGCUGUCAUAAGAACUACCAUCUAUAUGGCUUUUAUUCAGUUUUCUAGUUAAUCUUUGUGAACGGAGGGAUAACUAUCUAUCCCAUCCCCCUCCGGCCUGCUCCCUCCCUCCCUCCCCCGAUUAUGUAGGUAUCUUCAAUUAACGAAACAGAAUCGUAAACGAUUGAUUUA